ACUUAAUCGAGAAUACGUGAAUCCAGUAAAGGAAACUCUAGACGGCAGUGCGCGCCCUCAAUAUGGCUGCCUGCGAGGAAAUUGAUGUUGUUGAUAGUUGGGAAGAAAUCGAGGAAUCAGGGGUGCUCGACAGAAAGCUGACACAACCCGAAACACCCUCUCCAGAUGACUCAGAAAUCAUGCCAAGUAGGGGGACAAUAAAUGGUCCAAUAAUACUACAAGGAGAAGACAGUCUUAGGACCCAGUAUGUUCCUCCAGAACCGACAGUUAAAAUCUUGAAACGACCAGCUAGGAAUAAUGUGCAUGGUACUUCUGAAGGACCACUCCUUAAUGGCGACUCAAAACCUCGACAACCAAUUAAAACUCUCCAACAGAGAGAGCAAGAGUAUGCCGAAGCUAGGCUAAGAAUUCUAGGUGAAGCACGAAGCCCAGAAGAACAGUUACAAAUAGCGACUAAUGAUAGGAUUAGUAAAAUUCAAACAAAAAUGGAAGUUUUAAGAACAUCUGAAAUGUCGAACAUAGUCCGUCUUCCCAAGGGACCAGAUGGCACAAGAGGAUUCAGUGCCCGAAGGUAGUGGUGGUGGUUUAGCCUUCUAGGCAACAAAAGACAUCGUAUAUUAUUUUUGAGCAAGGAUUGUGAGUAAACCAAAAAAAGAAACUUUUAAUAUGCAUAUGAAAUAUUGGCAUUUUAGCCAGUUUUCAUAUUUUGGUUUAUUAAACGGUUUCGUGUUUGCGAUGUUAACCAGUUUGUAGCCUUGUGAAAAGGUGAAGCAAAUCGUCCAUUUCAACAACUUUUGUGAGCUGGUGCAUAUUCUGAACAAAAUAAAAGAUGGUAGUGCCAUAUUGGCAUUGUUAUUGUGAUUAUCGCUUUGUGGUAUUUUUGUUUGAUAAGUGUGGCUGUAUUGACUGAAAUCCUGUUGACAUUACGUGUGAAUGGGUGUUAUCUAUUGUUCAUAUUUAGUGGAAGACUAACAUAUCGAUUGCUUUUUUUCAUUUUGUAUCUUACUUGUGUUACUUAGAUCAUUGUGUGAGCUGCCAACAUUUUUGUGUCUACAUAUAUUUUAUUUUGUUUGACAGAGGAGAUAUUUUUACUGGGUUAUAUACAUCACUAACAUUACAUAAUAAUUCAGGAUGAGAGUGAGCUGUAUUGUGAUACUUCGAUAUACUGAAAAUCACAGCACAUAUUUUCACAUAUAAAAAUUGAGGACUUUCUUACCGUAGUACAGGCGUAUGGCAAAAGUCAGAAACUGUUUCAACUGCAGAUUAAUCCUCCUGUACUAGCAAUGAGCUUUUUGCGGCUGCAUUGUUUUAUUGCAGAAAUAAACUGACUGGGAUAUUCUUUUUA